AUGUCGGACAAAGUCCUCGAAGACCAAAUCAAUUCUAGCGGGAAUUCCAGUUUGACUUCUUCAGAAAAAGAUGGUGUCACCCAGCAGCCUAUUAUCGAAGCCUCCGACUCGAAUAUUGUGGAUUUUGAAGGUCCCUCGGACCCUGAAAACCCAUUGAACUGGUCAUGGAGGUACAAAUGGACCAUGGUAGCUCUGGUUUCUUUCGAGAACUUGAUGGUCAAUCUCGCCACCAUAAUCUGCGCACCAGCGACACCGCAGAUUCUCCAAGAGUUCCAUAGUAACAAUGCUCUCGAUGGACCUAUUAUUGUUUCAAUCUGGGAGCUCGGAGAAAUCUUAGGACCACUGAUGAUGGGACCAUUAUCUGAACUUUACAGUCGCUUCUACAUUUACAAUAUUGCUAAUAUCUUCUUUACUCUCUUUUAG